GAAUUUGUGGAGCCAUUGCUGUGAUCAUCUUCGGAGCUUACGGAGAUGCCCGUUUCUGGAUGCCAAACUGGGAGCACAAUAACAUGGGAUGGUCGUACUGGUUUGCAGUCAUCGGUUCUGUCUCAUCGUUUAUUGGUGGAAUUUGUUUUCUCGUCGAGGCACGAAAACAUUCAAUAAAGCAUAAGAAAUUCCGACAAGCAUCGUCCGACUACAACAUGGACGAACGUCGAACUUACAGUUAG